AUGCCCAUGACACUGGGUUACUGGGAUAUCCGUGGGUUGUGCCACGCCAUCCGCCUGUUCUUGGAAUACACUGAUUCAAGCUAUGAGGAGAAGAGAUACACCAUGGGGAAUGCUCCUGACUUUGACCGAAGCCAGUGGCUGAAUGACAAAUUCAAGCUGGGCCUGGACUUUCCCAAUCUGCCCUACUUAAUUGACGGAUCGACCAAGAUCACUCAGAGCAACGCCAUCAUGCGCUACCUUGCCCGCAAGCACAACCUGUGUGGGGAGACAGAGGAGGAGAGGAUUCGUAUUGACAUUUUGGAGAACCAGGUCAUGGACACCCGCUUCCAGCUUGUGAUGAUCUGCUUCAGCCCUGAGUUUGAGAAAAAGAGGCCAGAGUACUUAGCGGGUCUUCCUGAGAAGCUGAAGUUCUACUCAGAGUUCCUGGGCAAGCGGCCAUGGUUUGCAGGGGACAAGAUCACCUAUGUGGAUUUCCUCGCUUACGAUGUUCUUGACCAUCAACGACUGUUUGAGCCCAAAUGCUUGGAAGCCUUCCCCAACCUGAAGGACUACAUGGCCCGCUUUGAGGCCCUGAAGAAGAUCUCUGCCUACAUGAAGUCCAGCCGCUUCCUUGCAGGCCCCCUGUAUUUGAAGACAGCUGUGUGGGGUAACAAGUAGGACCCCUCACUACCAAGGCCAGGAAGAGAUCUAUAACUGUGCUCCCUGGCCCUUAGCACGGGUCACAUAUGGACCCUUGCACUUCUGGGUCAGUCUUCCCAUUCCUUCCCUUCUUCCUUCUCUUCUCCUCGGAAAGGCCCCAGCGACUCUUCUUUCCCACUCAGCGUCUCCCAAGUCAAGCUUCUGUUAACUCCACCUCCCCUUUCCUUCACACUCCCUUCCUCUCCUUCCUUUCCUUUGUCCUAGAUCCAAGUGGCCCUCAGCUUGGCUGAGGGUAAUAAAGGGGUGCAUUUGGCUCUGUGGCUCCCCAGCACCGCCAAAGAAAACAGACCUGUCUGUG